UAAAUGCACUUCUGUUCUCCUCAGAAGUCUCACCAGAAGUGCAUCUCAUCGCUGCCCUUUUAUUUCUUCUUUAAUUGCAUUAACUUUCUUUUUGCCCCUUGUUCAAUUGCAUUUAUGUCAAUGAAUUCUAUUCUCCCCUUUCCAUAAGUUCAUAGACACACACACACACCAAUUGGGUUCAUAUCUACAAAACUACUCAUCAAACAAUGGCUCUUCGUUCACUGUCUCUCCUCUUCGUCUUUUCCGUGGCCGCCUUCUCCAUCCCAUUUUCACAUUCAAUACCCUUUAUAGUACUCCACGGUAUCAAUAGUGAGUGCUCUCGCCCUGAAGUCCAAAAAACCGUUGAGAAAUUGACCAACUUCUCUGGUGUUGAAGGACAUUGCAUAGAGGCAGGCAAUGGGGUUUCUGAUUCGUGGUUGAUGCCCAUGCACAAACAGGUCGAGAUUGUUUGCCAGAAGGUUAAGGAACUGAACAUAUUGCGUGAGGGGUACAACAUUGUUGGGCUCUCCCAGGGAAAUAUAAUUGCUCGCGGUGUUAUAGAAUUUUGUGAUGGCGGUCCUCCGGUUAAGAAUUAUAUCUCUUUAGCAGGCCCUCAUGCUGGUGUUGCCUCUGUUCCUAAAUGUGGCUCAGGUGCCCUGUGCAUUAUUGUAGACCAACUAAUCAAAUCAGCAGUUUACAGUGACUUUGUUCAAGAACACUUGGCUCCUAGCAAUUAUCUUAAAAUACCAGAUGCAAUCCAUGAUUACCUGGACAAAUGUAGUUUUCUUCCUGUGCUUAACAAUGAAUACCCAAGUACCAGGAAUUCCACUUACAAGGAAAGACUGAGUAGCUUGGAGAACUUGGUGCUUAUCAUGUUUGAGAACGACACAGUAUUGAUACCAAAGGAAACUUCGUGGUUCGGAUAUUAUCCCGAUGGUCGCUUCGAGCCCGUUUUAUCCCCAAACCAGACGAAACUGUACAGUGAGGAUUGGAUUGGCUUAAGGAGCCUGGAUGAAGGCCGUAAGGUUAACUUCGUUAGUGUUAGGGGAGAACAUCUGCAAAUAUCAGACAAAGAUAUGCAGAAGUAUGUAGCGCGUUACUUGAACGGGAAUGCCUCAACCAAAUCCGGAAAUGUCAAGACCGUUGUCUCCAGAAAGUUGGGAUCCUAACUCGGAGCAAUUUGCUCAAGUCUUGGGGGCAUAUACUUGAUUAUAAAGACAAGGAUAUCAGCAGGAAAAAUUACAAGACACAUGUUUAACAGAUUUGCUAUAACCAUUGAUUAUGUACCUUAGACUCUCUUGCUUUAAGCAAUAAAAAUUUAAAAAGUAAAUCUUAUAACUAUCA